GUGCUGGCCCGCCGCGGCCCGCGUUUGUCUGUGGGGGCGACUGUGCCUGGCGCCAGGGCAGGAAGGAAGGCGACCGCCGUGCCGUUCUUAAAGGGGCCCGAGGGAAGGUGAGAGGCUGCUGACGGGCGGCAGGAAAAUGAGUGAGUCUUUGGUGGUUUGUGAUGUUGCUGAAGAUUUAGUGGAAAAGCUGAGAAAGUUUCGUUUUCGCAAAGAAACAAACAAUGCUGCCAUUAUAAUGAAGAUUGAUAAGGAUAAACGCCUGGUGGUACUGGAUGAAGAGCUUGAGGGCAUUUCACCAGAUGAACUUAAAGAUGAACUACCUGAACGACAACCUCGAACCUUCAUUGUGUAUAGUUAUAAAUACCAGCAUGAUGAUGGAAGAGUUUCAUAUCCUCUGUGCUUUAUUUUCUCCAGUCCUGUUGGGUGUAAGCCUGAACAACAGAUGAUGUAUGCUGGGAGUAAGAAUAAGCUAGUGCAAACAGCUGAACUGACCAAGGUAUUUGAAAUAAGAAAUACUGAAGACCUAACUGAAGAGUGGUUGCGUGAGAAACUUGGAUUUUUCCACUAAUGUGAACUUCUGUGUUUCUAAAGUAUUUAUGUAUUAACCUGACCAUACUGGAACCAGACAUAAAUACUUAUGCCUAAAAAUGCACUGUUACUUACAGUUUGUUUCCUGCAGUAAAGAAAAUUUCUUCAUUUGCCCAAAGUUUGAACAAAGGGGAAAUCAUCUUCACAGUAAUGAAACUUUGUAAAAGUGUUUCCUUAUAUUUGUAAUUGUUAGGUGGACUACUCUCCAGGGACUUUUUGCACUCUUGUGACUAAUUUCUAUAACUUAUCAUUCAGAAUUUAUUACUAUUGACAGACACCAUUGGAAAGAGGGCAUUAAAUUGUGAUAAACAGUUGCCUCCUUUUGACAAAUACAGGAUAUUAGCAGUUUAUAUAUGAAAAUAGCGUAUUACCACUUGUCAAAUGUUUGAAACUAAUUUGGGGUAAAAGGCUUGAGUGACCCAAUUUUGAGCCAUGAAUAAUAACUUACUGCAGUAUAACCUGCAUUAUAAAUAAAUUUUCAUCAAUUCCAUGCCUUCUUUGGUUUCCUAGAUCUUUUUAAUCAAGUCCCCCCCAAAUUGCUCAUUCUUAAAGUCUGGGAUUUUAUAAUAAAGUUAAGACUCUUUGGGUUUCUUCUUAUGGAAAAUAGCAUCUUAGUCUUAGAAAUUGAUAGGUUAUAACUAAUCAUGGGUUUCAUUCCUGGUUGUGUCAUUUUUAGGUAGUUUUUGAAUCUAGGUUAAUAAUGCUUUAUUUAUAAAACACCUCUUAAUAUUGUCCUGUGAACACUAGUUAUUUUGAAUGUGUUAAUACUGUGCCUUUGAUUUGUUAGCUUUAAAAUUAGUUUAAGACUUUUACACUGCCAAUAUUCCAGACUUGGUGAAAUUAAUACUUUUGUAAAAGAUCAAAGCAAAACAAUUUUCUAACAUAUAUAUCUGAAAUUUGUAAUAAAAUCAACUUCAUAUUUUUAAAAUUCCAACUAUCUGCUUGCAUUAGUGAAUAUAUGGCAGUUGAGAGUUAUAAUUUUGGGUAUAUUUGUGAUUAGUUUUGUGCCAUAGGAAAAUAUGACUUAAAACCUUGGCCAUAGUUAAUAACAUUAACACAUCUAUAGAAAUCACAUUUUAUAUCCUAAAUGUCAGAAGAUAAUAUUGUAAAUUGGACAUCUGUUUUGUUAGAGGAUGUCAUUCUGUUAUAAAGCAAGGAUUCUAACACAGCAUGUUCUUUAAGAACAUUAAAGUAACUGCUUACCAUUAAUUUGAGACUCUAAAGGCUAACCAAAUUUGGUGAAUGAAUUCUUAUAUUAAGAAUAUCUUAGUCAUUUUAAAACUAGUAAGGGCAUUCAUUAUUUUUUAAGUUUGGUGUAUUUUCGAUUUAUAUGCUCUUUGUAUUUUUUUGAGGUUUCUGUGCCAACUUUAAUAGAGGUAAAGAUAGUUGGAAUUUCCACAAUAUUGAAUCUUCUGUUUCCCAAAACUGGCUUCACUACUCUAAAAAACAGGAAGCAAUAGGAAGUAAGAGAUGAGGACGUGCUAGAGUGGGUAUUUGUUUUGGUUUAUAAGUGGGGAGGAUUCUUUAUUCCAAUUUCUAGAGAGAAAGCUUCAUCAGGAAAUUUAAGAAUUCUUUAAACAGCUAUUUGGCAUUGGAGAAUAAUGCUUAUAAUUCUUCAGAAAUGUAAAUGUAAUCCCAGUGAAUGGAGAGUGUUUUUAAUGCUUUUGAAUGAAGGAAAUUAAAUUUUGUUUCACCUGGUUUGCAGCAAUAAGAGAAAUUAGUGCUGCAAGAAUGUACUUUCAAUGAGGUUCCUUAUUUUGUCCUGCAUAUUUUUAUUUUUUUGUUUUUGAAAGUCUUCCAUAAUGUCAGAUAAUAUUGACCUCUAUACACAGAACUCUUAGUUCCCUUGUUCUCUAACAGAUGCAAAGAGCUAUGAUAAACCAUGCUUUUUUGAGCUUGUCUCACUCUUUAUCAAUAACAUUUUGCAAGAUAAUAGAUUGGAGAUGAGUAGAACUUUUUUUUACUCCCUCUGUGCUAUAGGGAGCUUUACAAAUAAAUCCCAUGCUCUAGAGUGUUUUCAGUUUUAUCUAAAUUUCCCAUUCAUCUAACCAAAUUGUGCAUUGUUCUUUUCAAGUAAUUUCCUAUUUGAGCUCUUUUUCUGCUUUCUCUCAAAUAGUAACUCCAGAUUUCAUAAUUCCAGUUUUUACAUUCCAUAGCUUUCUGGUACAGCCAUUCCCAUUCAGAUCUUGAUCUUUCCUUUUUGGCAUCAGCUUUUUUCCUGGGAACCUCCUUCAAGGUCGUCUAAGCCAGCAUUAGUUUUGAAAUAGUUGGCCUUGCAAAAAUUCUGCAUAGUGUUUAAUGUUGUCAAGAUAGAACCAUCUAGUAAUCAAUCACAGCAUGUUUUUGAUACGCUUUUGGUGGCAACAUAAGUGACAUGAAGAGAACUGUUGUCAGGUUACUAUGCUGAAAUUCCAAAAUGUCUGAGUUUUGAAUAAUACUCACUUUGUGCUGGUAUUGAAGUCAUUAUGUCAGGAAAAAGUUGUUUGACUGUUUUUGUUUAAUUGACUUCCAAAAUAUAUGUUCAAAUUGUCUAUUUCUAAAAAGUUUAUUAAAUGCCUAGCGCAGUUAAACAUACUCUUGUUUAAGAGGGCAUUGCUAAAUUUUUUAUUGUCAGUACUAAAUAAUCUUUGUAGCAAAAUGUCUGUCAGCUCUUUUCUCUCCCUUUUUAUCUCCUAUUUUCAGGAGUCAACCAUAGCCAUAAACUGUAUCCUGUUCUGACACUUUAACUAAAAAUUUCCGCUUGGAGGAGUUCAUUGCCAAAUUAACAUUGGCUGUCUUUAUUCCCACCCAUAUAGGUAGUAAGGAAGGUGUACUUAAAAAAAUGUUUCAACUGCUUGAAAGUCUGAGCAAUGUCAUUAAUCCAUGUGGACUAGUGACGAAUAGAUAUUUUCAUAAGAGUUUAAAUGCUGAUAUUUGGUGGAAGUAGAGAGUAAUUUGUAUUCUGUCAACUGAAAUAUUCUUGUUAUGGUUGCUUUCCCUGUUUGUUCACUGACUGAUAAUACUGGAAUCUACAGAAUUUGAGCCUUUAUAACUUAUGUGAAGAAGUGUCUCAAACAUUUCUGGACAAAGCUUAUUUUGUAUUUCUGGGAGAAUGUAAAUCUUCUAGGCCAUUUAACACCCAUGGUCCCAAGUUGAAUAUUCUUGAGAAAUUUGUUGACUCUUAUGCCAUUUGACAUUUCCAACCUGUGAUCAUGUUUCUAUAAUAUUUAAAACAGCUACAUUACGGUUGUGAUAGAAUUUCUUGCUUUUGGGAAUAUAGUUCAUACGCAUAUACUUACUUGAAUAUUGUUUCAGAUCACUAACAUGCCAGGAUAAUUCCCACUGAUCUAGAUGGUCCAAUAUAACCUCAUUCAGGAGACUUGAAACAUUAAUGGUCUAGUCUUGUGAAUUUUAACAGUGCCCUGUCAUCGCACCAACUGGCACAACUUGAGCUGUGGUUUCGGUCUCUGCUAGUUCAUAUUGCAUGUUUAUUUUGGACAGUCUUCUGUUAAGCAUGGUGCUUGUACUGGUUUCAAUAAAAUGUUAACCUGAAAGGA